CCCAUUCGUUCUCCAGGCACCGGAGCACUCCGGAGGAUACAUCUGACCCUCAAGCCACCCCUGACCCUCAAAACCCCUCGCAAAAGGUCUAAAUCAGCACAGAAAGGGCCGAAAACCCCCAGAAAUCCAAUUUAUCGAGGGAUUUAAUCACAAAAAAUUCCUCUCCAACCGAUAAUUAAUUAAUAAUCAGUCAAAUUGUUGAUUAAUCGCGAGUUGUAGUGAGGUAACACGAGGGGGUCUCCAGGAGCCAAGGAGGAAGACUUUCUUCCUCCUUAACCCACCCCAGAGUGAAAGUGAAAGAGUGAAAUGAAGGGGGAAAAAAUGGUUUUUCAAUAUUUUAAAAUGAAUCUCUGUGCUUUAAUUAUUCUUCACACCAUAAGUGAACUGUCCGGGGUGCGGGCAACUCGCACAAGUGGUCUUUACGUCGACAAUGGACAGGAUCAGACAGUGGUACAUCGUGUUGUGACGCAGCGCGAGAAGCGCGAAGUUGAACAUGAGAUUCUCAAUCUUCUUGGGCUACCGGACAGGCCAAGGAGUACCGUUGGCAAAGUACCCCAGGUUAAGAGGUCAGCGCCAAAGUUUCUACUUGAUAUUUAUAAAAAUGCACUCGGUGAGGAUGAGAAACCGGUCGCACGUAGGGGCAAGAGCGACGGUGAGUUCGACCUCACGGGUCAGGAUCUCAGGGCCAUCGACCAGAGCGAUGUCAUCAUGACUUUUCAAGCGCACAAUCAUCAUGUACCCGGGGUACGUCACGAGCGUGGGAAAAGACUGUGGUUCGACGUGUCGGAAGUGCCACCGGAGGAAAAAGUAAUCGGCGGGGAACUGCGACUCUAUCGAACUAUGGAGGUAAAACAUCGAAGGAAUCGGGGGUCUUUCGUGGUAACGGCCUAUCGAGUACUUCGAACAGCUGAUGGGACGAAGGAGCUUCAAUAUGUGGAUUCUGUUAACACAACAACGAAUAAGGAAGGCUGGUUAACGUUAAAUGUAACAGAGCCCUUAAUCCACUGGGUGAACAACUCAAAAGGAAAUAGAGGAUUUUAUAUCUCUGUUCAUCCAGCAGAUCGUUCGGUGCACGAACUGAAGCCGGAAGAUGUCGGUAUCGUUGGAUUUCGGGGUGAUGCCGAUAAGCAGCCCUUUAUGGUGGGUUUCUUCAAGAGCUCUGGGGUACGUGAGAAGAAAGUCAGACAGAAGAGAGAUGCCAGAAGAAGAAAGAAGAGUGAUGCUUCGAGCUUGGAGUACAGAAACCCCUACACAGAUCCAGCAGUUCAAUAUAACUCGAGAACAUGUAAAAUUCAGACACUGUACGUCAGCUUCAGAGAUCUCCAGUGGCAGGAUUGGAUUAUAGCGCCGGAUGGUUACGACGCUUAUUAUUGCAGUGGCGAGUGUAAUUUCCCGUUGAAUGCACACAUGAAUGCAACUAAUCAUGCCAUUGUGCAGACACUUGUGCACCUGGUUAAUCCAGGAAAAGUACCAAAACCCUGCUGUGCACCCACUAAAUUAUCCGCCAUAUCUGUACUAUAUUUUCUAGAUGAGAGUAACGUUAUUCUUAAAAAGUAUAAGAACAUGGUAGUGAAGAGCUGUGGGUGUCACUGACUUAGCCCACUUUGAUUUUCCAUUCAUAUAAAAAAAAGCACGGCUUUAAAAUUUUCAUUGUUUAUCGAAAAUUCAAUUCUCGAGAGAAAGGUAUGAGGGUACGAUAUUUUCCCCUAAACCCAUUGAAGAAAAACGUCAAGGCCGACUAACGUGAAAAACGUAAUUGAAUAAAAAAGAUAAAGAUUGAGAGGAGGAUAAUUUUCUCAUAAACAUAUUUCAGUGAUUCCACUGCUCUAAAGUACUAAAAACAUUCAUGAGAAGAUUAUGAGAUUCAAGGGGAGCGUGAGGGGCUGCUGCACGUGUUUCUCAUGUCCACGUCUCAAUCAACAAUAAUUAAUUGAAAAUAGGAAAAUUACUAGGUGUCAAGUGAGUAGAAUUUAUUAGUAGUUUAUAAUCACUGGAUUCGAUGUGCGGAAAAGUCAUAAAAAAUUAUUUUCCCACGAGAGUCGAGUCAUAUUUUUAAUCACACGACCUGGAAAACUCACGUUACGCACAAUCUGAUGAAAAUAAUUUUUCAUCCCUCAAGUUUGCUCAUGAUAUUUUCAAUAUUUCGUAGGUGGUAGGAUUUUUUGGACAUCUUUCAGGCUUUCAUGACUCGUGCAGCAGAAAUUUGAUUUUUUUUAUUAUCUUCGUGUGUAUAAACUUUAAGAUUUCUUUAUAUUUUUUCCACUAUUACUCUGUGACGACGGCGACUCAAUGCAAAUGCUUAGGGUAAGGUUUUUAUUAAAUAAUUGUUUCAUUUCAUGUGUAAUGAUUAUUACUGUACAUAUACUAUGUAAAUACGUUCGAUGUAUGACGUACAAUAUAUCAUUUUUUCAACAAACAUGAAAAACAAA